UGAAGUUAAAAGCCUUUGACACACUGCAGCUCUGCAGAACACCCACCACGGAAGAAAGGCAGAACGAGAGCGCCGAAGUCUGACAAUGAGAUAAUGAAAGGGAGGUGAACACUGAGAAAUAAGACAUAGAACUGAAGAUGGAGUUGUGGCGGCAGUGUGCAAUAUGGUUGAUUGACUGUCGAGUUCUUCCUGAUAACCAUCGGGUCACAUGGGAGGGCGCACAGGUAUGUGACCUGGCUCAGGCUCUGAGAGAUGGUGUGCUGCUCUGCCAGUUGCUCAACAACUUGCUGCCUCAGGCUGUCAACCUGAGAGAGAUCAACCUGCGCCCACAGAUGUCCCAGUUCCUGUGCCUGAAGAAUAUCCGGAAGUUUCUGGGAGUUUGUCAGGAGAGAUUUCAUCUCAAAAAGAAUGAACUGUUUGAGGCCUUUGACCUGUUUGAUGUUCGAGACUUCGCAAAGGUCAUAGACACUUUGUCCAUCCUCUCUCAUUCGUCGAUUGCUACACAAAGAGGAUUCCAGCCUUUUCCUUUGGAAGGAUGCACUCCUGAUGACGAGAUCUACAGCGGCCUGUCUGACCACAUAGAUGACACACUGGAUGAGGAUGAAGACUUGUACGACUUUGUGGAGGAUGAGGAGAACGAAGGAGAUGAGAUCUAUGAAGACUUGAUGAGGACAGAUGAACAACCUGAAACUCUGCAGAAGACUGGGGUAGACAAACGAGAGUGCUGCCUGCAGGAAAUCAGACAGACAGAAGAGAAAUACUCUGAUACACUGGAAUCUAUAUUACAGCACUUUAUGAAGCCUCUUGAAAAGUUUCUCAAGGCUCAAGACAUUGAGAGUAUCUUCAUCAAUAUAGAGGAGUUGGCCAACACCCAUCGUAAUUUGUUGGAGGAGGUCCGGAAUUCCAUCCUAAAUUGUGGAGCCAAGAACCUGUACCAGGUCUUUCUGAACUACAAGGAGAGGCUCUUACUGUAUGGCCGUUACUGUAGUCAGGUGGAAACGUCAACAAAACACCUUGACAAGCUUUCAAAUACGAGGGAGGAUAUCAGAAUGAAACUGGAGGAGUGUUCAAAGAGAGCAAAUAGUGGUCGUUUUUCUCUCAGAGAUUUACUCAUGGUCCCUAUGCAGAGGGUCCUCAAAUAUCACCUGCUGUUACAGGAGCUGGUGAAGCACACCACUGACCCUACAGAUAAGGACAACCUCCGCACAGCUCUUGAUGCCAUGAGAGACUUGGCGCAGUGUGUGAACGAGGUAAAGCGAGACAAUGAGAUCAUCAGACAGAUCACCACCUUCCAGCUGUCCAUCGAAAACAUGACUCAGUCUCUAGCUCUCUAUGGUCGCCCCAAGAUAGAUGGAGAGCUGAAGAUCUGCAGCCCGGAGAAAAAGUCUAAACAGGACAGGUAUGCAUUCCUCUUCGAUAAGGCCAUGUUUGUGUGUAAGAAGAAGAGUGGAGAGACUUUUGAGCUAAAGGACAUCAUUGAACUACAGCACUACCAGAUACGAGAUGAAACCACAGGAGAAAAGGACAAUAAGAAGUGGUCCUAUUUGUUCCUUCUGCUGGACAACUAUGGGAAGUGUGGGUACGAUUUAUUCUUCAAAACCAGAGAACUGAAGAAGAAAUGGCUGGAACAGUUUGAGAUGGCUCUGUCAAAUAUGUGUCCAGAGAACUCCACAGCCAACAACCAUGACUUCCAAAUGCACUGCUUCGAGGAAACCACCUGCUGCAAGGCCUGCUCAAUGCUGUUAAGAGGGAUAUUUUUCCAGGGCUAUCGCUGCACUCGCUGUAAAAUGGCUGCACAUAAAGAGUGUUUAGGCAGAGUCCCUGCCUGUGGACGAAAUUCAGAUCAUCCUGGUACUAUGAAGAAGAAUAAAGCACAGAGAUCUUCUGGACUUUCCAGCGUUGGAUGCCCUAAGAUGGAGGUGUGUCAGGAGUAUUAUGGCUUGCCGCCGCCCCCUGUGGGCUUCGGCCAACUGCUUCACCUCUCCAAAGGUGACAUCAUUGAGCUGACCAGGGCUGAUGCUGACCUGCCAUGGUGGGAGGGAAGGAACCUGACUGCUGGUCAAAUGGGAUGGUUCCCCUGCCAAAAAGUUCAGCCCUACGUCGCUAGGCCGACCCCCGACCUCUCUGGCUUCCACUGGUUCGCAGGCAACAUGGACAGAACCGCUGCCAAAAACCUGUUAAUGUCCCGGUCUGAUGGGACCUUCCUCGUGCGGCAGAAAGAUGGAGGAGAGUUUGCUAUCAGUAUCAAGUUCAACAUGGACAUCAGACACAUUAAGAUCACGUCGGCUGAAGGCCUGUACCGCAUCAAUGAGAAGAAAGCGUUCAAGGGUUUAAUCGAGAUGAUUCAGUUUUACCAGAAGAACUCUUUGAAAGAGUACUUCAAGGAUGUGGACACCACGCUGCGUACACCUUACAAACAACCAGAGCAAUGCAACAUGCCUAACAACACGCCAACCACCACACCAGGAGGCAGCAUGAGGAGUUUCGGUGUGGUGAGGGCCAGGUAUGACUUCUCAGCCAGGGACCGCUCAGAGCUGUCGCUGCGGGAAGGAGACACCAUCAAGAUCCUCUCCAAGAAAGCUCACAGUGGUUGGUGGAAAGGAGAGGUGUAUGGGCGGGUGGGGUUCUUUCCAGCCAACUAUGUAGAGGAGGACUACUCUGACUACUGCUGACGUGGCUCCAGAGGAGAUAUGUAGACCCAUACUGUAUAUCUAGGGAUCUGUGUGAUACCUGGUCUCCAUCGAUUGCAUUAACCCAAAUGCACGAGUGUGGCUGUGUGCGUGUGAGAGAUGCUUUUACUUGUAGAUCUAAUGACUGUCUAGUAAUGUGAAUAAAACUUUUGUUCAGCUGA